CGAUUAAUCCCGUACAGUUUUCUAUCUGGUCCUCGCCAAUCCAAUCCGGAAGACGAAGUCGAAGAAGAUUUGAAGUGUAUUUUGUGAGUACAGCUUGCUGAACUAAGAAAUCAAAAUGCCAGCCUUGCUAGAACGCCCCAAGAUGUCACUCACUAUGUACCAAGCACUCAAACGUCAUAUCAUCAAGGAAAGGGAGCGCAAAAAGCAAGAGCAACUACAGGACAAGUUAAUGGAGGAAAGAACACAGAAGGAGAGAGAGAUGAAGAAAAAGAAAGAAGAGGCCGAUAGCCUCACCCUGGAGCAGACCAAAGAACAGAUUGGACAGCUGGAGAAGAGGCUGAAGGAGUUGGAAACGGAGAAACACGAACUGUUCUCUCGUCUCAAGAAGGUCCUGCACCAAGAGGACGAAUCUCGCCGCAGGACUCAAAUAAAGGAGCAAAAUGAGAUGUUGCUACAGCAGCAGGGAUACCAGUGUCUCCAGAUGCCUGUGUCCUCGCACCCGGCCAUGCUGCAGGGGAUAUCCGGCCGCCCAGCCAUGUACAAGCAUGCACCCAUCAUAACGGGUGUCAAGAGAAUGAGAAGUCCGUCGCCGCCAUCUACAUCAUCGUACCAGAACUAUGAGGAUUCAAAAUAUCUCCAUUCAACAUACACUGCAGCUUCGAAACAACAACCUGCAGGACAUCUGUACCAGCACCAACAAGGCGGGGAAUAUAAGGGAACCAGCUAUUCACAAUCACAGCCAGGUCAUGUGACCUAUACCAGCCAACCAUGUUCGUCUACAGGACAUACGUUUCCGCAGCAAGGCGGAAUCUACACAAGCAGCCAAUCACAAGCUGGAAAAUACCUCCAGCCUGGCCAGUCGGCUUUCACAACAUAUCCUACUCACUACACCCAACAUCAGCAGAAACAGCAGUUACCAGACAACUUCCCUCCCGGCUUUGCCAUCCAGAGAAUGCAGCAACAAGGGUACAUAGGAUCUCCUCACAGCACCAGUAUUUCUAUUCAGCAGCAGUUAGAGCAUGCUAAUCAAAAGUCUGGCUUCAGCGAUGACAAGUAUAAGAUACAACAGGUGAGAGAGCAGCAGAGAAGUUUUCCCGCUGAGCCAUGGCAGUCAAGUUCAGCCGUCGGCGCACAGUACGCCUUCCAGAGGGCUCCACUGCGAGGAAAGACAGCAUUACCGGUGCAACAGCCAGCUAUAAUACAACAGCAACUUCAGUUGCAACAAGCCCAGUCAAAGGGAAGUAUCGUGACAGGGUACACAUCUCACCCCCACACCGGCCCCUCUUCAACGUUCCAACCACAGUCAGGACAGGGUAACUUUCCACAGACCACACAGGGCCGACCAAACUGAAAACAGUCAUCACAUCCAGUAAAGGAGAAACAUGUAGCAUGCCAUCUUGUAUACGUCACUUGACAUGAUCUGUCAGUGUACCAUUGGCUGUUUUUUCUAGUGUCACAUGACAAAAUCUGUCAGUGUACCAUUGGCUGUUUUUUCUAGUGUCACAUGACAAAAUCUGUCAGUGUACCAUUGGCUGUUUUUUCUAGUGUCACAUGACAAAAUCUGUCAGUGUACCAUUGGCUGUUUUUUCUAGUGUCACAUGACAAAAUCUGUCAGUGUAUCAUUGGCUGUUUGGUGGAACAUAGCCCAGUGGUAAAGCAAUUGCUUUAUGUGCAGUCCAUCUGGGAUCGAUCCCUGUCGGUGGGUCCAUUGGACUGUUUCUCUCUCCAGCCUGUGCACAACAACUGGUAUAUGAAAGGCCGUGGUAUGUGCUAUCCUGUCUAUGAGAUGGUGCAUUUGAAAAAUUGCUUGCUACUAAUGGGAAAAUUGUCCUGGAUGGAGGAGCCGGCAUGAGCCAACACCUGUGCCUAUAACAGGCGUACACUACAACAGCUUGGUUUGAAUGUGCACAUUAAACCCUAUGACCUGACUUAAUGGGAAAAUGUAGCAGGUUUCCUUUCUAAGACUGAAUGUCAAAAUUACCAAAUGUUUUGACAUCCAAUAGUCGAUGAGUAAUAACUCAAUGUGUUCUAGUGGUGUCGUUAAACAAAACAAACUUUAACAUUGACUGUUUUACAUUAGAAACAAUGCUCCAAUGUAUCAUUGGCUGUUUUACCGUAUGCUGUGUUUUGUAGUUUGUCUGCAAAGUGUUUGUAUGAAUGUUCAUUCGUUCAUAUACCUGCAUGUAGGUCUCACACCAGUAAGCUGGUUCUUGUUUGUGUUGAGGCGUUGGUAGACAUCCAUUGAUUUCUGUCACAUGAUAUAAUGUACAGUAUGUGGUUGGCUGUUUUACUCUAUGUAACAUGAUUUAUUAAUUCAAAUUUAUUCACUAGUUUAUGUUAAAUAUCUCUCCCUCCCUCCCUCCCUCCCUCCCUCCCUCCCUCCCCUCCCCCUCUCUCUCUCUCUCUCUCUCUCUCUCUCUCUCUCUCUCUCUCUCUCUCUCUCUCUCUCUCUCUCUCUCUCUCUCUCUCUCUGUUUCUGUUUGGAAAGUGAAUUUCCAACUAUAAAAAAGAGAAAGAAAUGUGUGAAAGAUGGGUGUAUUUAAACUUGUAUAGAAUUAUGAAGCAUAUUUCAAUGAACUGAGUCUUAAAAACAAUAUCUGUUAAAUAGAUGUCAAAAAAUUAAUUCAAACAGAUCGUCAAGAUAUAUAUCAAUAAUUGAUUUGUAUAGAUCAAGGACCCAGAAUUUCCUAAAUUUCAAAACCCUACACAUUUGUAAUACAAUUUCCAUAUUAAUAAAAAAAAUUAUAUGCAGUUGUGGACUUGGGGCCUCUGUAAAUUCAUAAAUACAGGAGGGAUUAUACUUGAGCAUCCAAAAUUUAGCAAUUAAAGAAUGCGACCCAGACAAAAAUUCAGUUAUGGAUCUGACAAAGUUUUUUCCUUCUCUUUUUUUUUUCUUGUUUCUUUUUGUUCCAAUAAUGUUGACUGAUGACUGACAAGGGGUCUGUGGGAAUGAUAUCUGGAGCAGGAUGGGGGUACAAUUUGUAUCAUUAUAUAAGACUAGGACCCCACCAAAAAUGUAAAUUUUCAUUAUCAAUUUUGGGUUUAGGAGUGGGAUGGCACAGCAAAACACACACACACACACACACAGUUCUUGGGGCCUGCAGAAAAGCUUCAUUAAUUCAGAAUUUGUUUUGAUAACAGUAUGAUUUUUAUGUACAGAUGUUCUCAAAUUUAUACAUACUAGUAGUUAAUGACAUCAUUUGAUAGUAUGUUGUUUUUGUUUAGUGUAGAGACAGGAUAUACUUAGUUCAAUGGUAGAACACAUGCAAAUUUGUUUCAUAAUCUGUAGAUUGCAGAAUGAUUGAAAUAAUUUAAUUUAUCCAGCAAUCACUGUAUACAUUGGCAAGAUAUGAUGACUAGAAAAAUCUCUAUAUUUUCGGUCACUGACCAAAAAUAUUGGUCACGUGACAUAAGCCCGACUCGACUACAGUAUUUCAGAUUAGAUUUUCAAUAAAUCAUUUGUUUAAGUACAGUAAAUACGGAAAAAGCCUUGCUAGGUUGACGAUACUCUAUUUGCUUACACAAAAAUGGAGUAAAUCAUGAUUUUCCAACAAUUCCUGUAGGAUUGCAGGAUAAAAGAAAUAACUGUUUACGGUCUUGAGAUAUCGGCUUUAUCCUGCUCAGGUUGAAUGGCAAAUGCAGAUUGGCAGAGCCUCGCUGCAUUCGCCAUUCUAACCUUCACAAGAUAAAGCCAAUAUCUUAAGACCGUAACCAGUUUUCGCUAAUAAGUAUGACGUAUAUACGUAGUGCUAUGGUAUAUUGUGCUAAACUGAUGUUAUUUUGUUUUUUUCUUGACAGACUUGUUACAUCGUGUUGUCAUAUUAGUUUGUUUAUGUUUGUCUUGCAAGGCCUGAAAUAAAACACGUAAACAACA